AACCUGUCCUGGAUGUUGCUCUGUAGCCCAGGCUGGCCUCGAACUCACAGAGAUCCGCCUGGCUCUGCCUCCCGAGUGCUGGGAUUAAAGGCAUGCGCCACCACUGCCCGGCUUGUAUUUUAAAAUCUUAAUUUGCAUGUAGACAGAGAGCCUUUUCUUUUAUAUCUCUCCUGACGUAGAAUAAACAGGCACACCUGUCUUUACCAGGCCCAUGGUGAGUGGAGUCUUAUUCACAAAAUAGAAGGACUAUUUCAUUGGAAAUUACCUUUCAUUUCCAAUUCAUGCUAGAACAUUGUAUUAAGUUCUCUGGGAGGUCUGAUGACAUUGCUGUGAACUUUUAUUUCAGGAGGUGAGAAGGGCUACUCAGAAUAACUCACUGUAAAAAGGGAUAUAAUGUAGCCCCAAAGUAACAGGAGGACAAGCACGGUGGUCCACAGGGAUAAAGAUCUGACCCGUCUUUCCCAGAUUUUCCUCUCUUGUGGUAGAGGCCAUCGGCGGGCUGUGGCUUCCCUUCCCUGUCACACUGAGCAUGCGCCUCACCUUCGCAUUGAGCAUGCGCCUCACCUCCCAUUAAGAGAGCGGGUUUAUAAACAGGAGGUAAGAGUCAAGCUGCAUUUGGAGGGACAGAGAUGAAUGGGUUCUCCGAGCGACAGAAUGGCUAGGAUAUCUGCUGAGCCCCUGGGGGAGUCUGCACAUGCAAGGACGGAGGAUGGAAAAAAAGUCUCACCCGUGACUGCAUCCCGCUGGAGACCAGGAAAACUGGCGGUGUCAUUCAGUUCAAGUCCCAAGGCUUGUGCACCACGGGAGCCCAUGGAGGAGAGGAGGAGGAUGCAUCAGCUGAAGCAGGGAUGUAUAGGAACGGGUGACUUCUUCCAUCACGCCGCCGUCUGCUCUGUUCAGGUCCUCCACGACGAUGGGAUCACGCUGGGGAGUGCAAUCAACUUUCCUGAUUUUCAGCGCUGCUCUUCCCUGCUUCCAAAGCCCGUGUGCUCGAGCAGUGGUUCUCCACCUUCCUCCCGCUGUGACCCUUUCAUACAGUUCCUCAUGUUGUGGUGAGCCCGCAACUAUAAAAUUAUUUUCAUUGCUACUUCAUAACUCUCUUCUAAUGCACCUCCUUGCAACUUAUAGAAGAAGGGUUUUGUGUGCUUACAUUUCUAGAGGGAUAAGAGUUCAUCCCCAUCACAGUGGGGAAGCUUGGCAGAGGGAGGGCAUCAUGGCUGCAGCAGCAAGCUGAGAACUCACAUUUCAAACCACAAGCAUGAAGCAGAAAGUGAAUUGAGAAUAGCCUGGCUUUUUUUUUCCCAAUUCAUUUAACUUUAUCUUAUGUGCAUUGCCAUGAAGAUGACUGAUCCCAGGUUAUGGGAGUUCCAGACAAUUAGCCGACAUGUAGGCGCUGGGAACUGAACCCACGACCUCUGGAAGAGCAGCCAGUGCUCUCAACUGCUGAGCCAUCUCUCCAGCAUGGCUUUUAAAGCCCAAAGCCCAACCCCAGUGACACACUUCCUCUAGCAAGCCGUCCCUCCUAAACCUCCCCAAACAGCACCGCCAACUGGGGACCAAGUCUUCGAACGUCCAAGCCUGUGGAGGCAUCUCGUUCAAACCACAGUGAUGCAAGUAUCUGAGUCCCUUCUGUUUCUGUAAGCAACCUCUGCAACUAGACUUCAGCAGGAGUCUUACGCUGGCUGUCAUUGGUUCUCUGCUUGGGGGGGGGGGUGGCCAUUUAUCUUUAUCUCAGGAAGAGUGUCACAUGACACUAUAACACGAUGAAAGUGGCAUUGCCCCAAUCAGCUCCAGGCAAGUUCAGAAGACACAGAUGAGCCACAGACCCAAAUGACGGCUACCUGCACAAGGCCUGGCUCCCUCACGGUGGUCCUGAGUGGCAGCAUUGAGGGAGAAGUCCCCAAGGACACAGCUUCUGAAGAGCACCAUGCCAUCUUCCUACAUGAAGAGAAACACAAGAGAAAGCAGGCAAGGCCACGGGCAGUGAAGGAGGAAGAUACAUCAGACAUCACAGAGGCCUUUUUGCCCCUGGCCUUGCUGUCCCAUUCUCAGAAGAACUCCAAUCUCGGUGGUAGUAGUUGGCUACAUCGUACCCCUGAGCACUGGAGUGGGCUUAGACACAGGUGUUCUAUAUCAUUCUACAUGAAGGUCUGGUAGACAAGGUUUCUACAUCCAAAGGGUCACAUGGGAGGUCUGGGGCUGUGGCAGCCAUUCUGUAACCACGAGGCAGGCUGAAUGGUCACGCACAGAGCUAGUGAUGCUAUCCCUGAGCCUCUCAGAUGAACACACUCUGAGACUUGCGACAGGGAUGAGCCAGCAAGGUCCACCACUUUAAGUCCAUAGCAUCCUCACUGCUACUAGAGCAGUCAGCAGAGGAACCUAAAGAAGGGCUUGGUAAUGGAAGAAGGGGGAGCGGGUUUGCUGCCUGCAAUGGCGGCUAAUGUUCCUGGGUCCUCACCCCUGCCUCCAGUGUAGUUCUGGACACCUCACACCUACUAACUGCUUAAACCCUAAGGACACAUCCUUUUUUUUGUUUUUUGUUUUUUUUGUUUUUUGUUUUUGUUUUUUUUAACAGAGUCUCACUGCCUCUGUCUCUCAAAGGCUGGAAUCAUACCAGGCCUUUGUUUUUUUAUUUUGGUUUGUUUAAGACAGAUCUCACCAGACUGGCCUUCCUCUCCCAGCAAUCCUCUUGCCUCAGCCACUGGAGCCCUGAGAUCCUGCUAUUACAAACUGCCUCUCCGUUCUCAACACUUGCCCCUUAAGGCCGACUCUUGAUAGUUGACAGUAUCAUGACACUGGACAACCCAAGAGGAGCCUUUGGAAUGUCACACAGCCAGGAGAGCUUAGGAAAGCUCUGGACGUGGCCGAGCACAGGGCUCCCUCCUGACAGCGCGGCUCCCUGCACCCAGACAGUGGCUCUCCCUCCUCGGUGGCCGGGGAUUAGCUCUCUGAGGACUAGCGACGGGAUUAGCACGCGCGAAAGCGGCGCCCGGCCCGGGGAUUACCGCACCUCCCACCCCCGACGUAUAUAUUCGGCCGCUCGCGCCGGCGACCCGCGGGCAUGGCGACUGCAGGCAGCGCGGCGAGCCGCAGGGACCCUGGACGACCCUGCCCGUUCUCCAUCGAGCACAUCCUCUCCAGCCUGCCUGAACGCAGGCCCGCGGCGCGGCCGCUGCAGCCCGUCGGUGGCCGGAACCCCGCUGAGCCCGACGAGCCCGAGGCGCCUGCCGCCGCUGCGCCCUGCGCCUGCUGCUGUUGCUGCGGCCCGCGAGCAGCACCCCGCGGAGUCCCGGAGCCCGCGUCCGGACCCGGCGUGCGGCUAGCGUGGCCGCUGAGGCUGGCACCCGCCGCUCCCUCGCCCCUGACGGCGCCGAGCGCAGGCUCGCCGGCGCUGACCGGCACGAGCGGCCCCGGCCCGCAGCGGCGCACGCGGCGCCACCGCACCAUCUUCAGCGAGGAGCAGCUGCAGGCGCUCGAGGCCCUCUUCGUGCAGAACCAGGAUCCCGACGUGGGCACGCGGGAGCGCUUGGCUGUCCGCAUCCGCCUGCGAGAGGAGCGCGUGGAGGUCUGGUUCAAGAACCGCCGGGCCAAGUGGCGACACCAAAAGCGUGCUUCGUCAGCGAGGCUCCUGUCUGGAACCAAGAAACCUCCCAAGGACAGCUGUUGACAGUGUCUGGAGUGUCUCCUGGUUUGGGCAGUGACGUGGAGCACAAGAAAGUAGGAGGGAGACAGACCUACUUGAACAGAAACUAAGAGAGGACCGCAGUCUUCCAGCUGCCCAGUGCUGAGAGAGAGGGAAUCCAAGACCUCCUCACCUAUGAAGGGAGGGCACAUGGGGCAGGAACCAGAGAUCUCCUGCAGGAUUAAAGCCGGUGGAUGGUGGCAAGGCCUCCUGGGAUUUGCUGUGGCCUCUAAGUACCACCAACUUGCUUCACAGGUCCUGGUGUGGUGAUAAUCUGUGAGAGAUGUGGUCCAUCCAUGAAAGCUAAACUCUAGAACCAAUGGCAGGAGGUCUUGGCACUGUGUAAAGAUGGCUGGUUUGGAGAACACUGAGCAGGCAUGUAUCCCCAGCCAGAGCUGUUCUAACACUGCUAGAGACCUCCAGGAUUGGCGAUUCUCCUCCCCAGUCCCUUGGAUGCACAUGUAAGGCGCCACCAGACUCUUCUUCCUGAACUUUGGCCUUGCCUUCGAAGACUGCACUGUCUCCUUCAGACGCAGCUGUCCAGGAGGUCAGCUCACCUGCAGGCUUGGGCAUUCACAUUGUGCUGGGUUCCAGGCCCCUGACCUCCUCCGUUCUCCAGAAUCUGAGCUCACCUGAGCUUCUGCCCUCCUCUCACCGUCACUGUCCCCUGAAGAGGCUCCUCGCAGCCCUCACCUGGCACCUGGAGUCUUACGCUUACAGUGAGCUGCCAAGAUGUGACCCAAGGAUGCUGUGUUCAGAGGGAAAGCAAGAAGGCCUCUUUCUAGUGGAGGAGGCAGGACAGAAGGCUUCCAAGAGGAAGUGACAUAACCCAGAUGGCUGAGCCAGACUCUUCUUCCUGAACUUUGGCCUUGCCUUCGAAGACUGCACUGUCUCCUUCAGACGCAGCUGUCCAGGAGGAGUCUUACGCUUACAGUGAGCUGCCAAGAUGUGACCCAAGGAUGCUGUGUUCAGAGGGAAAGCAAGAAGGCCUCUUUCUAGUGGAGGAGGCAGGACAGAAGGCUUCCAAGAGGAAGUGACAUAACCCAGGCAAAAUUCACAGAGGCGGGCUACAGAGCGUUGCUUGGUCCCAGGAGGCUUUGAAGAAGACUGAGUCCCUAGGCUGAGCCCAGGGACAUUGGCAUAGUCUUCAGAGGUGAAUUGGCAAGUAUGCUUUUGGCACAUAUGUUGGGGUACAGGGAUGAGGGGGUGUGGAUGGGCAGAUCAGAAGCUAGCAUGGAAAUCCUUUCUGAGGGUGGUAGGAGGUAACCUAGGUGUAGCUGUGAACACUGGGAGAUGACAGGUGGAACAGCAGACAGGGAGAUCACGGUAGGCUGGAUGUGUUGGGGGACGCAGGAAGAACAGGAACUCACUCCAGGGUAAAUUGGCAUUAGUGUCUUCCCAAGGUAGAGACACAGGUGAGGGCAGGGUUGAGAUGAGUCUAAAUGUCCUUAUUUUUAUGUAUUAAAAACCCUUAGACCUCCCUGAGGUUGCCCAGAGUGAGGUGAAGAGAAAGGAGCCACAACCGCAAGGUGAGGACUGCUUGGGACAUGGUGUCAGCAAGGCAAGCGGCACAUGGCAGCCAGUGGUGCCAGAUGCAGGCCACACCCAUGUGGAAUACCAGUAGCUGCCUCCCUUGCCUAUAAGGUUCAGACAUGCUGACAAUUUUGCUUUGCCAAGGUCUGCUUCCAGCUCUGACUGAGGGCAUCUCCUCUGGAACAGAUUGAGAUUGGAAGAGAAUGGGAUGCAGCCAAAGCUAUACAGAGCUGUGGGACAUUCUUGGGUUAACUAGUGGAGCGCCCUACUUCUGGGCUGAGAAAUGGUGAUGUGGAGCAACUAAAGGCAUAGUUGAGAACUGGGUGCCAGCUGGACAUGGAGGGACAUAUCCCUUGAUGGGCAGAACUGAAAAACCAGCUGCAAAGCAAUUUGGGGAGCCCAAAAGGUACUAUGGGGGUCAACCUGCCUUCCGUAGUCUUCCCUCAGCCCCCUACAGGCAGGUUUGUGCAGCCAGAAGCCCUGGGGUAAUGAUGAAACACCUGCCUAGCCCCUGAGCUCCUGAUGCAGUCGGUGCAAGCCCUCCGGUGCAAGCCCUCCGGUGCAAGAGAGGGCUCUGGUUUCCAGCCCUUCCUCUGCAGGCAGCCCUGUCCCUCUCUGCACUUCUCGGCUCCCCUCCAGAAGUUGUGUCUUCCUCACUUAGCUAUCUUCCCUGGCCUCCGCCCCUCUUAAAUCCUCCCAACCAGCCUCUGUCUGCUACUGCUAACUCAACCAUGGCCUGAGGAUACAGUCUGGGCUGGGGGCGUGGGAGUGAAUUUCCUACCGUGAGUCCCGCCUCUCGGCUCAGCCAAUGGCACGCCUCAUUUCCUAUAAGCCCGCCCCAGACUCCGCCCACUGCCGCCCAGUGCUCUUGGCCCAUCCAUUUAUCAAUUACGACAGCAAAGGCCCCGAGGAAGAACUUCAGCUAACAUCUAACACAUAAUUAGAAUUACUGAUAUAUUUUACAUUUGAUUUCUACUCCAAUAUUCCACUCUUUAUGAACUCCAGUAGUCUUAGCAAUUCCUCUGAUUAACUUCUGUCCUUAAUUCCCUCUGUGAUGUUGAGCUAAAAAUCUGAAACUAGAAACUUGCGGAAAAUGGUAUAUAAAAAUCCUGUUGAAGUUAUAUAUUUCCUUAAGGAAAAUUAUCCAUCCUACUAACUCCCAUGAAGACAUCUUGUUCAGUAAACUUAAAGUAUUUAAUCAUGGGGUGUCAGCAGUGGUUUCCUCUGUCAAGUUACUGCCUUGCACUUAGAAAACAGAUAAUUACAUACCUUGGCCUUUCCUUCCAGACAUUUAACCAAAGUAGAAUUCAGGUAUUGUCUGAGGUGAUUAUUCUCUUCAUGUAGCCUAGCAAGUUCUUCCUCCUUCUGGACUAGAGUGUCCUGGAGCUGCAAGAAGCGUACAAUAGUGAAGGGUGCUCCCCUCUAUUGGCUUUGUAACCCAAUAACAACGCACUGCUCCCCAACCUUCUUAAACUUGAUUAUUCUUGUUUGUUUUCUGAACAUACUUUCAAAGAGCCCUGGUUCUCUGAGUCUUAAAUCACAUCUACACUCCCUACCACCUGACUGUUCAAUUUGCGCCCUGCAUAGCCCAUUCAUUACGAAGUGUUUGAAGAGAUCAGAUGACUUUCAAAAUUGUAACCACAGGGAGUCAGGUGGGGAGGGAGGAAAGUGAGCCGCACGGAACUGUUUAAAUAUAGGAAAGAUGGUAGAAGGCUUGGCUGGACUCCUUCCUUGCACAUUUAUGAAAAUAAAAGCAGGAGAUAUGACCUGGCUGUUCCCAGCCUCAAGGUAGGUCAGACUGUGUGUCCAAUAAAUAAAACUGCUAGUUGGGAACAGCCACAAAGGAGACCCGGAGGACGAAGUGAUCUUUGGGAAACCUUUAUCAUCAUCCCUCCUCUCAAAGAUGAGCUGCGUUUAUCGUUUAAAACACUGCUGUAUUCAUCCCUUGGUCUCUGCAGCAGCCCUCAGAGAAGGGCUGCAGAAAUAUUCCACAGACAAGGAAAAAGAAUUUGGUUAAUUGAGAAGUCACCCCUAAGUUUUCUCAGAGCCUCUGUUUCUGUGAGCCUGUUCAUUUGACAUUUAUCUCUUUGGAGUCACAACAAGCACUGAGCUAGUGUGAAUUUAUAAAAAAGAAACAUAUUUAAAACUAAAAAGCAAUAUGAAGUAAAGGGAGACUCAGGGGAGAGUGGGUUUUAUGAAACUAGGCUAGUUAGUCUCAAUGUUCUUGCUACCUAUCCAUACCUGCUUAUUUCUGUAGAGCUGGGAGGAGAGCUGAGCCUCUUCCCAUGAACAUGAGUCCAGAACAGGGACAUUUAAGUCACAGGAUGCUUCUAUGUGAAAAUACAAAACAGAUGAAUAAACGUAUUUAGAACCGUGUGAUAAAUACUCACAAAGAACUUCUAAAGUUUAAUAGAUUUAAUUACUUUUAUUUUACACAGGAAAACAAAACUUUUAACUGUUUCAGAAGAAGGAAGUAAGCAAAUAUUUAUGCACUACAAAAGUGGCCAAAGACAUGUAUUUUAGGAGCUGAGCAGCUUCUAAAAUGUAGAUGUACAUUCUUACUGGUUAGGUUAAUAAAGGCUGUCUCUUCCAUACCAGUACUUCAUAGAAAUACUUAAUGACCCUGCCUUUCCACUAGGCACAAUAUUGCAAUUCCACUUCCAUUUUCUAGUGUUCAUGUUACUUUCUGGUUUUUAGCAUUUGAUAGUAUGAUAUUUGGCUCCAUAAUCAAAUCCUAUAUUGUGAUGCUGUAUAUUUUCCUCUCACUCGUCCCACUUGUGAAAUCUGAAGGACAGAAUUUGUUCAGAAUAUUAUGUCAUGGUAUGAUAACAUUUUCCAGUAUUUAUUUCUUUAUUAGUGCUGGACAUUAAAACUAGGACUGUGUACAUGCUGUAGAAGCACUCCAUGGCUGAGUCAAAUCCACAACCCUUACCCCCAUUUACCUUAGCGAUGUGCUUCUUGUUUCUCUGAAUAAUGUUAUGGCGAUUUCACUGUUAUACCAUACUUACUCUAUGUCAAGUGUCUAUAUAUGUAUAUUUUAAUGUUUUUUUCAAAGUUUUUUGUUUUUCAUAUUUUACAGCAAGCUAUCCCCGUCAAUGAAAAGAAGCUGUUUCUGCAUGCUAAUGUACUCUAGUUUUCCCUCUCCAACCUUGGCUUCAUUCACAUUUGACCUGCCUGUAGGACUUAAAAUGUUGUUGUUGAAACAUUUAGUAUUAAAUUGGAAGGUGAGCAAGAAAGUAAAAAUGAAACUUGGGUUCACAUCCUGAGACACUCCACUCCUGCUUUUGCUUAUAGUAAAAAGGCAAAACUGAACAACUUCCUCCACAACAUACGGUUCAUUCAUUUUGAUUUUUGCUUCAGCAUCUUUUCAUACCCCUCCCCAGAGUCUCUAAAAUACCUUGGGGGGGCAGAAUGGAUGCACAGGUGUCUAAUUCUGAGGUGCCUGAAAGUUUUACAGAAACCAGCAUUAAUGCAGAAAUCCCUGUAGUAUGGGAUAAAAAUAUUCAUUAAGCUUCAGGCCAAUGAUAAUGUUGCAUAUCAUUUCCACCAACAUUGGAGAUCUCUCUAAAUUUGAAGUGUAUAUGUGAAGGGGAAAAUGGUUAUUUCCAGGUGUGAAGUAUUGUUCACAGAAUUUGUACGAUGAAAUAAACUUUGCUACUCA